AUGAGCCGAUUUGAAGAAGAAACUACCGAAGUACUUGCGAGACAAAUUACCGCACAACUGCACGAAAAACAACGUUCUGGUACUAAUAGUAACUAUAGCAAUAAUUAUCGCAAUUCCAAUGAUGAUGCAAUGAAUAAUCAGAUAACGCCUCAUGCACCAUCUUUCGUAUCUACAAAACCAACGUCAAUUAAAGACUUUUGGGAAAAGGCAAGGAAUAUGACUGAAGAAAACUGGGAAAAAGUAAAAGAAUUGUUAUCUUCAAGUGAAGAUAUAUUAGUUAUGGAAAAAUCUACUGACAACUUGAAAAGACAUUUAAAGACGUUAUUGCAAAAUCUGGUGCGCUUUGAGCAAGACGGUAAAUUUCCUCUAAAUGAAGUUAGACAAUGGAAGACAACAAUAACUACGUGGUUGAACCGAGUAUCCGGAAAAUCAGUCUCUCAUCAACAGAAAGUUAUCAAAAAGCGUGUUCAACAAGCUGAGAGCACUAGACAGGUUAGAAUGAAGAGACGAAAACGUUCAGAAAUAGAGGAUUUUCUAAGCAAGAAAAAACUGCGGUUGGAAAAAUGCAGUAUUUAG